GCCUGGAAAAUGCCAUGGACAGAGAGGAGCCUGGCGGGCUACAGUCUGUGAGGUCACAAAGUCGGACACAACUGAGCAACUAACACUUUCACUUUCAGUUCAUCAAUCAGAAUAUGAAAUAUUCUCUCUAGUUUUCCUGACUGAAAUACUUCUAACAAUUUUAAGAAAUCUUAUUUCAAACAUGCUGUAUGUUUUUCCACAAUGCAAAUCGUGCUGAACAUAACUUCACUUUUUCUUGAUGACUUGGAUAUAUCAGUUAUUAUCUGCUUCUGUGCUAAGAGGUGCUGGGCUUUCAUAGCUUUUAUUCUUUUUGUACCUUUUCAUGAUCCUGCUUUGGCUGUUGUUUUUCGCUUCCCCCCAUCCUGUUUAGUUUCCUCCUUUGCCCUUGUAUUUUCUUCAUGGUUCUGUUCAUUCCAGUGGCUUCCUCCACAUACAGACAACUGCCAGGACCGCAUCUCCAACCAGACCCCUGAACUCUUAGCUCAUGGGUGCAUUUGACUGGAGGGAAAUUGACUGAUGCUUGGACAUCCCCCUGGGGUCAUGUGUGGUUCCACUUGAACUGUCAUUUACUUCCCACUUCACCCCCCAGCCUACUCCCAGCGUCACUCAUGGUGAAUGGCAGCAGCAUGCAUCAUCCAGCAGUGCUGCCUAGACCGAAAAGGGGGAUUUUAUUCAUGACCACACUCUCCCCCUCAGUCUGAUGUGUCACCAAGUCUUGCCGCUACUGCACCCCCACAGCCCCUGUGGCUGGGGCACCUUCCUGCCCCAUGUGUUAUCACAGCUAACAUCAGUUCUUCCUGCCUCCCACCUGGCCCUGCCAUAGUCUUUCUCCACUCGCGGCUAGGACAUGCUGGGCUUCGUCUUCCCCACACCUGCCUGCAGCCGCACCAUGGGUACAGUGGGCCUUUGACGUGCCUGUGAGACCCAAGAGAUGCUGCUGCCAAAGCCCCACCCCCACGAGGGCAUUCGACCUCCUCCCACCCGCCUCUGCCUAAGGACCUCACUCCUGUAACUAUCCCCAGCCUUUGCUGAUCAACGGCUUCCCUCUGCUGCAGUGUGUAGAGACGGGCUGUAGUCUCUCCCACCUCUAGGAGUCUUCUCCUCCGGCUACCAGCCCACUUGCUUGCUUCCUGUCAUAGAAGAGAUUUCCUGAAAGAGUUGCUGACCCCUGUCGCACUUCCUCCCCCUUUUGUGCUCAGUCCAGCCUCCUCCCGCACCCGUGAGACUGCUGGUGUCGGGGCUCCAGGGCCCCGCGUGCUGCUGGGGCCAGGUCUUGUCCUUAUUCUUGUUACUUGAUCUCUCAGCGACUCUUGACACAAGUGAGCCUUCUCCCCUCCAUGGAACACUGUCUCUUGGCUUCUGCCCCUUUCACUUCGCCAUUUGUGAGUGUCUCCUUUGCCAGCUCCUCCCCUGAAGGGUUGGCGUGUAUGGUGGCUUCAUACUUGGACGCCUGUUCUCCAUCUGAACUCACUCCUUGGUGCUGGUGAUUAAAAACCGUCUACAGCUGACAAUAUCCACGUAUAUAGUUUCAGCCUGACCUUCAGAUUUGCCUUGAAACUGCACGUGCUCCGUCUCUUGUGUCUCAUGGCAUGUCAGAGCCCCAGGUCCUGACCAGAGCUCUUGGGCUUCCUCACCUCCCCAGCUUGCUCCUGCCUCAGUCUCUCCCAUUUCAGUGAGUGUCACUCUCAUCCCCGCAGUUGUUCAAGCCAAAAACCCAGCAGAGAAUCAUCUUAGAUUUCUCAUUUCCCCUCUUUCCCUUCAUCUAAACCAUGAGCGCUUGUUAGCUCUGCUGCUAAACACAGCCCGGCUCUUUCAUCUCUCUCCAUCUCCAUUUGUCUCUUGCCUGCUGUAUUGAAACGAUUUCUUAUCUAGUAUCUCAGCUUCACUUUCCUUAGAAUUUCUUCCCACACAGAUAUGUUUUAAAUGUAAGUCAAAUCAUGUCACUCCUUUAUCUGGAAACCCUUUAGCAUCUCCCGUUGAGGAAGUCUCAUAGGAUGUAGCCCCACCAACCUCGCUGACCUCACCUGAACCCCCACAAGACCCCUCCCAUCCCCCACACUCACCUGGCUCUGUGCCGCCUUGUUCCCCCAGCACACCAGCCUUAUUUCUGCACAGAGCCUUUCUAGCUCUGCCCAGGAUCCUCCUUCCCUGGGUCUUUGCAUGGCUGGUUCCACAUUGCCAUCCAGGGUUUCAGCCCAGAUUUAUUUCCCCUCCUCAGAGAUGCUUCUCCAGACUAUCUAAUUAAUUGUCCAAAUGCAAGAGCCUCUUCACUUCCUCCACUCAGUUCCUCUCUGGUGUUACCCGAUUUUCUUUUCUUCAUAAUGCUUGUUGCAAAAUGAAGUUACACUAACCACUUAAAAAUUGUAUCUGUCUUUGGGAAAAGAGCCUAAAUUCUAAGAGGGUGGCGCCCUCAUUCCCCCUGUUCCCUGCUGUGUCCUCGGCACCCAUCAGAGCCUCGCCCGGAGGAGGUGCUCCGGGGGUGAAAUCUGAUCACACCGCCGUGUGGCUUCAGUGGCUCCCUCUUCCCUUGAGAGUACGUUCCAGGUUCCCUGACAUGGUUUAUGAGUCCCUCUCUGACCCGGCCUCUGCUUAUUCUUUAACUGGUUGAUUCUCAGCUGGGGGUGGGGGAGAUGUGGGUGGCAGUUUUGCUGCGUCCCACCCCUAGCCGCGAGAGGGAGCUGGCAGUGUUUGGAGGUCCUUUCGGCUAUCAUAACUGCAGGGGAGCAUCUAAUGGAUGGAGGUCUGUGGUGGUUUAAUUGCAAAGUCCUGUCCAACUCUUGGGACCCCAUGGACUCUACCCGCCAGGCUUCUCUGUCCAUGGGAUUUCUCAGGCGAGAAUACUGGAGUGGGGUGCUAUUUCCUCUUCCAGGGGAUCUUCUCAACCCAGGGAUCGAACCCCCGUCUCCUGCAUUGCUGCUGCUGCUAAACAUCCCACAGUGCAGAGGACAGGCCACAAACAAUAGUCUGAAGUGUCAGCAGUGCCACAGUUGAGAGUCUAGCUGUUCCUCUUAUCCUUUGUCAUGGUCAGAGGUCUGCGCCCGCUGAAAGGUCAUAUUCUUUCUAGCCACAGAGCCUUGUCCUUGCUAAUCGCCCACCUGGAACACACUUCCCCUCUUUACUGUUCCCAGCUGCUGUUGACCCUGUUUAUUGCCUUGAUGGAGGCAAAUUAAGCUUUAACCUUUACAAUGUGAAAUUAAAUCUGUUUUGGCAGUUUGGAGUUUUAUAUAAAGAUAACUUAAGUUUCUACCUCAAAUUGAAAGUAACUUCCAUACACAAACAUUCUUGUGUCUUUUUUUUUUUUUUUGAUGGGUAAAGCUAUUGUUAUGAGGACUACAGUAUUAUAUGUAUUUGUCCAAUUGCAGGGAAUAAAUGGCUGAAUUAGUAAAACAGCCCCUAUGCAGUUAGUUUAAUUUUUUGACCAUAGGCUCUUUCUCACUUUUUAGAUAUGAUUUAGUAUGUUUAAACACAUAUUAAUGAAUUUUAAUGUCUUUGUGCCGUGUUUUCAUGUUUUCCUUUUUAAUGAUUAAUAUGAGCAGCUUGCCAGUUGAUGUUAACAGUAUUUGAAUACCAUAAGUAGGAAGUUGGUCCCUGGGUUGCUUUUUGAAUUGACAUUCUACCUUUGUUCUACUCACGGGACAGAGCUUUGUGGCCCUGCUUUUGUCCUUCCCCGAGCAGUCCCACUAUUGCUGAUGAAAGAAAAUACUUUCAGGUUCUAUGUGUUGUAAAGACCCCCACAUGAGGAUUACAAAGUUAGAUAGAGUGUGUAUUUAUGAGCAAUAGAAUCACAGCCCACUAAUUUUUAAAAAACUACAAUUUGCAUGUUACAAUUUUUUAAAUCACAAGAUUUUAAAAAAUAAUUGUGUUUAUAUAAUGCUCUGCUUGCAUGCUGGUGCGUUUGUAGCUUGUAAUAACAGAAUCGUCAUUGCAUCUUUUUUUUUUUUCAAAUCCAUUUGUGCAUGGAUUAUUUUUUUUAAAACUUUCCACAGAACAAAAUAUUUUAAAUAACUUCAAAGGAUAAAAAUAUUCCUUCUGCCAUUGCAUAUUUAUUUUACUGUGUUUCUAGCACUGUAACUUUUUAAAUUUUAUGUUCUAACUUGCUAAAGGUAGAUACUAGUUUUGAAAGGGAUUAAGAAAUCUUUUAGUUUACUCAUAGAUUUAUCUGAAACUUACUGUAUCAACCUUGCUAAAAAACCCCAAAUAGGCACCAUUUUCCUUACCCCUUUAUUAAAAACUCCACACCAGUGGAUUCUCCAGCCCUGCCUUUCCAUCUCAUUCUCACCUGUUAGCCCCCAGAGCCUUACUUGACUCAGUUCUGUAGUUAUUUCCUCAUUCUUUCCUACCAUGAACAGUGACUGAAUCCCUGUUCAUGUACCAAGCUCUGUGCUAGAGGAUAAAGAUAUGCUGUUAAAUAAAAGGUGUUCCCUUUGGAGUGACAAUUUCAUAAGUAAUUACGUUUGUGUGUGAUAAAUCCUGUAAUGGAGAGAGGUACACAGUGGUGGCAGAUUUUUUUUAAGUUACUUCUCCUUGGGAGACUGUGGAAGACUUAGGAGAGGGUAGAAUGUUUGAACUGGAUUCCUAGAGAGAAAAGGGGCAUUGAGAGCUAGGGAUGAAUGUCCAGGUGACUUAGUUUACAACAUUCUUGGAGCAGCUGCUCGCUGGUCAUCUUUAUUUCCUGCUUCCUCCCUCCUAAGUGCUGUAACCAAUAGUAUUAUGGCAUAAUCCUGCCAUCAGCUGUAAUAUUAAAGUGAAUUUGGAAUAGAUAAUUUGAGUUAGAUUUUCCAUUCAAAAGGAAUAAUGAGCCACCUAAGAUAGAAGAUCAUUAGGGAGCUGGCUAACUGUAGCUGCCUUUCUCCAUUUUGGGGGAGUCCUAAGUCAUCUCUUCAUCUUUUUUAGUUCUUUCCUUCUUAUCUCAAGACUUAUUAUAAAUAAAAAGCUGCUUCAUUUGAGAUACUUUAUAGAGUGUUAUUUUUUUCAAAAUUGAUUUAGUUGUGGCUGAGGGGAAAAACUGAAGAGGCAGCUGUCAUAGUGAUUGUAUUUCUGCAGAGGUUCAAACUCUAGGAAGAAAAUUAAUACAGAAAGAAGCCAUCUAACUAAGUCUUUAUGUCCUUGAAUUUCAUCCUCAAGAACACUUAUAAGGAAAAUGACUGGUGAAAGGAGUCAUUUUAGGAAGAAGGUGGGAGCAGGCAUCAGGUUAAAACAUUUCAAGCUGUGACUCAGAUAAAAGAAACAGUAGGUAUCGGAAGUUGGUGUUUUAAGAGGAUCCCUCUAAGAUGUCAGCCAUUAAAUGAAUAUCAUUUAAAGGAUUCCACUUUUUGAUUUGACAAAUGGUUACCAUAUAUCUGACCACCAGGGUGAAGAGGAUUCAUAUAUGUGGUUACCAUUCUGUGUAUCAUGGAGCGCGUGCCAUACUAUCUGAAUGGGGUGCCAGCAGGUCAUCCUGAAACAGGGUGCUGGAGCUUUGCGAAUGACCACACCUUUCUCUCCCCUCACCAACUCUUGUGCUUGCUGUUCCUCUCUUCCUGGACUGCCGCUCAGUGCCACGAAGAGUGAGAAUAGCUUUUCAAGUCUGAAUAUAAAAUAUUCAUUUUGUCAAGAUUUAGUAUUCUAAAAUGGAAUAUAUGUAUAUAUACAUACACAAGACACAGAAUUUUUGUACAUAUACAUGGGUUUUUUCCUGUGAGGAGGCUGCAUAUCCACAUCACAGAGUACUAACCACUAUACCAUCACGGCAAGGCUGCGUAUCCAGGAGCUCCACUUGUUGUUGCUGGGUAGUUGCUCAGUGUGUCCAGCUCUUCUGUGACCCCAUGGACCGCGACCCGCCAGGCUCCUCUGUCCAUGGGGUUCCCCAGGCAAAGAAUACUCGAGUGGGUUGCCAUUUCCUUCUCCAGAGUCUUCCCGGCCCAGGGAUUGAACCCACGUCUCCUGCUUGGCAGGUGGAUUCUACCACUGAGCCACCAGGGAAGCCCAAGUGCUCCAUUAGGGGAGGGCAUACCGCUUUCUUAGAUGAGGGGGCAGCUUUGAGAAAUCAUUACACGGUCAACUUCUGUUAAUACAAGUGAGGAGAAAGUACCAUUAUUUUUAUUUGGACUUACAUAGUUUAUUGGGUUUAAGGGUGUGUGUGUGUAUACAAAUAUAUGUACAUUAUUUCAUCAAAUGUAAAUUUUUUAUUUUGUUAGAAAUUUGAAAGGAAGUUCAUAAGACUGACCAGAGCUAUGCAGAGGAAUGUAAGAUAUACUGAUGCCAUGUUGUACUAACUACUUUAAUCAGCAAUUUGAUUUCUGCGUGGGUCAAAGUUUGCCAUUUUAAAGAUAUUUAAGAUAUAUCAUCAUCAUCUUUUUACUUGAGAAGUCAUUUGUGAUCAGGACUCUUGACCAGGAGGGUUCCUUUUCAUGAGAGAUAAGUAACCCUGCGAGUUCUUACUGUUUGGCUCACAGUGGGCUCCUUCCCUCUGUCGUCAGGACCCUGCGACUCCCCCACAGUUACGGUCCUGAUUGGCAUAAAGACAGUGGAAGUCUUCCCAAAUAGAAGGUUCUUGAAACGGGUACAACGGGAAACAGAAGGCCUGUUUUUCCUGCAAAUGCAGGAAAAUCGUGCAGGAGGCCAUUGGGAGACAAAGGAUUCGCACCUGAUUAUUCUUGGCAGGAAUAUCGUUAAGAACAUUUAACCGUAUUUUCAUGUGUACUUAAUAGAAAUAUUUUUAUUGGCAUACGUCGUAAAAACGAAAUCAGUAAUAUCAAGGAUCUGAGUCGGCCCAUUAUACAUACUAAGUAUUGGAGAGAAUUAGCGGGUUUCUAAAACUUUUUAACUCCAGAAUUCAUUUGAUAGAAGUAGCUUCCCCUUUUGAUACUUUGUUGAGGCCCUUUAGAGGGCACGCGCGCUGAGCCCGCCUUGCGCAGCCGCAGUAGCGGGCUGGAGGGGGUGCUGCGAGGCCCCGGCCUUGCGGAGCCGCAGUAGCGGGCUGGAGGGGUGUCGCGAGGCCGGCCUUGCGCAGCCGCAGUGAGGGCUGAGAACCGGCCAACGGUCAGUCUCCUUUCGAGCUUCUAACGGUGCUUGCUGCUUUCUGCCUUCACCUCUGAAGUGAAUAGCCAUGAGCUGGACUGUGGGAAUCCUGCGGGCCAGCCAGAGAGCGGGCACUGUGAGGGCGAAUUUCCUGUGCCCGGGAAUGGCCCUAAGCCCCCGCCCGCUGGCAGCCAUCCCCCUCGGGGGCGCCUGGGCCGUGGCCCCCACAUCCAAGAUGGCGACGGUCAAGUGUGAGCUGAUGAAGAAUUUCUCUUCAGAGGAGCCUGUUCGCAACAGUAAGAUCUCCAUCGUAGGAACUGGAUCGGUUGGCAUGGCCUGUGCUAUCAGCAUCCUAUUAAAAGGCUUGAGCGAUGAACUCGCCCUGGUGGAUGUUGAUGAAGGCCGACUGAAGGGUGAGACAAUGGAUCUUCAGCAUGGCAGCCCUUUCGUGAAAAUGCCAAACAUUGUUUCCAGCAGAGAUUACCAUGUCACUGCGAACUCCAGCCUCGUGAUUAUCACGGCAGGUGCACGCCAGGAAAAAGGAGAAACACGCCUUAAUUUAGUCCAGCGAAAUGUGGCCAUCUUUAAGUUAAUGAUGUCCAAUAUCGUUCAGUACAGUCCAUGCUGCAAACUGAUUGUGGUUUCCAAUCCGGUGGAUAUCUUAACGUACGUAGCGUGGAAGUUGAGUGCCUUUCCCCAAAACCGUGUUAUUGGAAGUGGUUGUAAUCUGGACACUGCCCGUUUCCGUUUCUUGAUUGGGCAAAGGCUUAGUAUCCAUUCUGAAAGCUGUCACGGGUGGAUCCUUGGAGAGCAUGGGGACUCAAGUGUUCCUGUGUGGAGUGGAGUGAACAUUGCCGGUGUCCCGCUGAAGGAACUGAACUUAGAUAUAGGAACUGAUAAAGAUCCCGAGCAGUGGAAAAAUGUUCACAGAGAUGUGGUUGCUAGUGCCUAUGAGAUUAUUAAAAUGAAAGGUUAUACUUCUUGGGCCAUUGGCCUAUCUGUAGCUGACCUAACAGAAAGUAUUUUGAAGAAUCUUAGGAGAGUGCAUCCAGUUUCCACCAGAAUUAAGGGUCUCUAUGGAAUAAAUGAAGAAGUAUUCCUCAGUGUUCCUUGUAUUCUGGGGGAGAGUGGUAUUACUGACCUUAUAAAAGUAAAGUUGGCCCCCGAAGAAGAGGCUCGUCUGCAGAAGAGUGCAAAAACACUUUGGGAUAUUCAAAAGGAGCUUAAGUUUUAAAGUUGGUUAAAACUAACUACCAUUCUUAAGUUACUGACCAAAGGUAGUGGUUAUGGUCUUGUGUAUGUCUAGUUUUUGAAUAAACUUGAAUUCCUAAAAUUUGGAGACAGGGGUAGAGUGACUCCCCUAUUUAGCCCCCCCCCACUUUUAUUUAGCAUCCAGAUUCUAGGUUAUACUUUUUAACAGUUCCUAAGUGACUGCAUCAAGUAAGGUGUUUUUGUACCAAUGAUUUAUCAGUCCUUGCUUUAUGUGUGUGUGUACGUGUAGAAUUGCCAAUUGUUCAAAAAAAUGUGGGAUGCAGGUGUUUGUUGUGUUACAGAAAUGCUGAUUCUUUUCAUUAAGUCCAUGUUCAUUCUUUUGCUCUGGGUGCAUUAUACCUAUGUUCAUUUAUGAGUAACUUUCUGUACAGUGUGAAAAUAAAACUUACACACAGAA